AAUUCAGUCAGAGGUGGAGGCCGAGUUGAAAAUGGCCGACGGCGUGGAUCAUAUCGACAUUUACGCGGAUGUAGAAGAAGAAUUUACACAGGACGCGGAGUACGACGUCCACGACCUGUACGAUGAGGUCAUCUCGCCCUCCGCCAACAACGGGGACGCCCCGGAGGACCGGGACUACCUGGACGCCCUCCCCCCGGCCGUGGGCAGGGAGGGGGGCAAGGGGGCCCCGCCCAACGUGGUCUACACCUACACGGGCAAGAGGAUCGCCCUGUACAUCGGCAACCUGACGUGGUGGACGACCGACGAGGAUUUGACGGACGCCAUUCGGUCGGUCGGCAUCAACGACGUGCUGGAGAUCAAGUUUUUCGAGAACCGAGCCAACGGCCAGUCUAAAGGGUUCGCCCUGGUCUGCGUGGGAUCGGAGGCCUCCUCCAGGAAGCUGCUGGAGCUGCUGUCCAAGCGGGAGCUCCACGGCCUGAACCCCGUCGUCACGCCCUGCAACAAGCAGUCUCUCAGUCAGUUUGAAAUGCAGUCCAGGAAAAGCACGCAGUCAGGGCAGAUGUCUGGCGAGGGCAAGGCCGGCCCCCCUGGCAUAGGCCCCCGCGGGGGCUUCCCCCUGGGCAGGGGGAGGGGGCGUUUCCCCGGCCCCCCCGGCCCCGGAGGUGACCGGUUCCCGGGACCCGUGGGACCAGGAGGGCCCCCCCCACAUUUCCCAGGGCCUGGGAUGAGGUCCUCGGAGCUCAUUCCCCAUAGGCACCAGGACAGCCAUCUGAUGGAAAUGAAUUUCAAUUGCUUCCAGCCGGGGAGGGAUGGGAGCUGGCGACCCAGAGGAGGCCUGCAAGGACCACCUCGUCCCCCGCCUGGUCCCCCGGGCCCCCCAGGUCCCCCCGGGCCCCCUCCGCCAGGACAGGGUCUUCCCCCGCCCCUGUCGGGGCCCCCGAACCGAGGCGACCGCCCCCCGCCCCCGGUGAUGUUCCCGGGCCAGUUCGGCCAGCCGCCGAUGGGCCCCAUCCCCCCCGGCCCCCCUCCCCCCGUCCCGGGCUACGGCCCGCCUCCGGGCCCCCCCCCGCCGCAGCAGGGCCCGCCCCCUCCGGGGCCCUUCCCUCCCCGGCCCCCGGGGCCCAUCGGCCCGCCCCUCGCCCUGGCCCCGCCCCCGCACAUGCCCGGCCCGCCCCCCGGAGCCCCGCCCCCGGCGCCCCACGUCAACCCCGCCUUCUUCCCGCCGCCCGGCAACAGCAACAUGCCGUCGUCCGACAGCCGGGGCCCCCCUCCCAACGACCCGUACGGGCGCCCGCCCCCGUACGAGCGGGCAGACUUCGGUCCCGCCGGCAGGGAAAUGGAGGCCGCUCGCACCCCUCUGAGCGAGGCCGAGUUCGAGGAGAUCAUGAACCGCAACCGGGCCAUCUCCAGCAGCGCCAUCUCCAGGGCGGUGUCGGACGCCAGCGCAGCGGACUACGGCAGCGCCAUCGAGACCCUGGUGACGGCCAUCUCCCUGAUCAAGCAGUCCAAGGUGUCUGCGGACGACCGGUGCAAGGUGCUGAUCAGCUCGCUGCAGGACUGCCUGCACGGCAUCGAGUCCAAGUCCUACGGCUCGGCGUCUAGGCGGGAGCGGUCCAGGGAGAGGGACCACAGCCGGUCCCGGGAGAAGAGCCGGCGGCACAAGUCGCGCAGCCGCGAGCGCCACGAGGACUACUACCGCGAGCGCAGCCGCGAGCGCCACCGCGACCGCGACCGGGAGAGGGACCGCGACCGCGAGCGAGAGUACCGCCACCGCUAAGGGGGGGACAGCUGCAGGAGGGAGGAUCGUCAGGAUCGCCAGUUGCGCCAGGCUCCGCCCCACCCCACCCCACCCCCCACCCCAACGCAACGAUGCCGCACCUUCGCCCGUCUGUCCAUCCGUCUGUCUGUCUGCGCACGCACGGAAAGGGGAGCGACUCACUACCUAAAGCUCAGUGACUGUAGUGUAAAGUAAAACCCCGCACUCACGGUAAAAACAAAAAGAAUAAUAAUAAUAAAAA